AUGUCUUCAGGUGGUAAUAGUGCCUCCGUCUAUGGAGGUGAUGAAAUAAAUGCUAUCGUUCUAGAUCCAGGCUCUUAUCACACAAGGAUUGGGUACGCAGGUGAAGACUUUCCGAAGGUCAUCACACCCUCUUGUUAUGCCAUUGAAAAGGGUAAUGAGAACCAGAAGCAGAAAAGAAUCUUUGGUGACUCAAUCAAUGUUCCUAGACUGAAUUACGUCGUAGAACCAAUAAUGAAAGAUUCAAUGGUUAUUGAUUGGAAUACUGCACUUGAUCAGUACAAAUAUUAUUUUCAUGACUUUUUAAAGAUAGAUUAUAAAGAGCAGCCUAUAUUAAUAACUGAGCCUGUGUGGACAGAGUUUAAGUAUAGACAGGAGCUUGUGGAGAAUUUUUAUGAAAGUUUUGACUUCCCAGCAUUGUAUCUCGCUCGUACACCAACUUGUAUUUCAUUUCAGCAGGGUCGUCCCAACUGCUUAAUCGUUGAUAUCGGACACGAUUCAGCUAGUGUGACGCCUGUCAUCGAUGGUAUAUCGCUAUUGAAAAAUUCAAUGAAGACACAUUACGCGGGUAGGUUUUUGAACGAUCAAAUUCGAGACUUGCUUGACACUCAAUUUCCUAAGGUUGCGAUUGAAAAUAGCUACAAAAUUAAAAGUAAGAUACCCACGAUAUACCCUCAGGAAGCCAGAUUUGAACUAAAAAACCUUCCCAAAGGGAUUACAAAAUCAUUUGAAGAUUACGACAGACAAAAAAUUUGGCACGAGUUCAAAGAGACUGUUCUUGAAGUUCCAGAGAAGAAAAUAACAUCUUCCUCAAAAGAUACAUAUUCUCAAGAUUCAUAUAAGCGGUUAUUCGAGUUCCCUUCCGGCCAAUCCAUUGAAUUGUCGGCGGAGAGAUUUGAAUUGGCUGACGCUCUCUUUGAACCCCAGAACUAUAAGUUUCAUUCAGAACAUCUCGAGAAGCAAUAUCCUCCAAGCAACGGUGAAUUAUAUCUCGAUAGCUCUUACGACGAUUAUAGGCCCUUGAAAAGGGCACGAAAAGCAGAGUCAACUCCUCCUCCUGCCGACCCUCUGUCAGAUCUGGCAUCACAAAUACGUGGCCUCUCAAGUCUUAUAUCUCACGCAAUUUCUACAAUUGAUAUUGACUUGAGGUCUUCAGUAGCUCAUAAUAUAAUCGUUACUGGUGGAGUUUCUUUGAUUCCUCAGUUGACGGAAAGACUAUAUAAUGAACUAUCCAACUCCAAUCCUGGUUUGAAAAUAAGGCUACAUGCGGCAGGAAAUUCAAGUGAAAGAGUGAAUCAGUCUUGGAUAGGAGGCAGCGUCCUUGCCUCACUUGGUACUUUUCACCAGAUGUGGGUCUCAAAAGCUGAAUAUGAAGAGGCAGGACCCGAAAGAAUAUUGAAACAAAGAUUUAGAUAG